AUGCGGGACGAUGGCGAUGGUGAGCUCCGGGAUGGCCAGGUUCGAAGUGAGAUAAAGAGUAAAGAGCAGGAGCAGGAAAAGGAAAUGGAAAGGCUGGUGAAGCCGAAGGAGGAAGAACAAGAGGAUAAGGAAAAGGAGAAAGAAAAGGAGAAGGAGGUUAAAAAAAAAGAGGAAGAGCUUUUGUUUAAAACGAAAGUCGGCCGCAACAUUCACAAAACAAUAAUGACUAUGAGAUCAAAAACAAUCGAGCGCAAUGAGCUAUUCACUCCCGGCAGAAUGGCUUACGUUAUCGAGUUGGAUGACGAGAAUGCAGAGGUAGAUAUUCCCACAACUCUAAUUAGGAGCAAAGCAGACGUCCCGACUAUCGAUGCGACUCCAACAUUGACAACUAACGACAUAGUUAUCAACAAAUUAGCCCAGAUUCUCUCUUACCUUCGCCAAGGAAGUAGACAUGGAAAGAAGGGAAAGAAAAAGGGCAGAGGGGAUGAAAUGAAUGAAAUGGAUAUUGCCCCUAAGCCACCACAAGAUGAUAGUAUUUAUGGUGAUAUUGGUGAUUAUGUGCCAACUGCUGCAAAGAGCGAUUCGCAUCAGAAAUCUAAAAAGAAGGCAACACCCUAUUUCGAUAAACCGCUUGAGACAGAAAUGGAAAAUGAGAAAAUUAAUGUUCCAAGAUUGCCGAUCGCAAUGGUGGCACAGAGUUCGGCCGCUAGCGGUGGUCUGCAUUUGGAUAGAACGCCGAAAGAGGGCUUUUUACUCAAUAAACUCAUUGCAGAACCAGAGGGUUAUGCGGAAUGUUAUCCUGGCCUUGAUGAGAUGCAAGACGCGAUUGACGAUUCUGAUGACGAGGUAGAUUAUACGAAAAUGGAUCUUGGUAAUAAGAAGGGUCCCAUUGGUAGAUGGGAUUUUGAUACUCCAGAGGAAUAUAGCGAGUAUAUGAAUAACAAAGAAGCACUGCCGAAAGCUGCCUUCCAGUAUGGUGUGAAAAUGGCGGAUGGAAGGAGGACGAGGAAGUUUAAUAAGGAGAAGAAUGAGAAGGCUGAAUUGGAUCGAGAGUGGCAGAAGAUACAAAACAUAAUGAAUAAAAGGAAACCGUCAGGCAAUGCGGAUCCCGAUCGAGAGUUCAAAGUUCCGAGAUAUUAAGGUCAUAUUAAAUUUCAUAGUUUUUAAGGUAUAUGUUUUGCAAAUCGGAAACUAAACUAGAUGAGAAGAUACAAUCUAGAAUAGAUAGUGAUUAAUUAACACUAAUAAUAUAAACAUCCCACCCCAGUGGGCACAAAACUAUGAAAAUCCUAAGAACGUCAAUGGGACGUUCCUAUGACGUCCUAUCUCAGGCCAAUCAUCGUCUCUAAGACGUCCAAUAUCCCAAAGAUGACCUGAAAACGUCUUAAAGACAUGGACGUUCUCGGGACAUCUUUCGUACUGACAUUAGACGUUUUAAGAGCAUCCAUAGGAUGACCAAAAGACAUGUGAUAAACGACGUCUUAGGGAUCUUCCAAAGACGUCUCUAGGACAUUCUUAAUUUUUUGCCCACUGGGUUAUUAGUAAUUUAAAUGGUCUAUUCAAGAUUGUGUGCUGUAUUAAAAUGUUUUCUAAUUUGAAGUUUCAGUGAAGCUUAUUAUUAU